AUGGAUCGGAUUCAUAUCGGUGGAGGGCUAGGAGAAGGGGAUGAGCUAGCUGGUGUAGGCGAUAGUAGCAUGCGACCCCACGUAUGGCUCCAACAUGUAACUCAACUCGAUUUGAACGAGUACGACUCUAGCCAUGCAUCUGAGAUAACUAUACACCCAUUCGAUGCCCGUCACGAUUACUCUAAUCUUGCCAUUCUCUCGCUCAGUCUCUGCACUUUCCAUCACUCGCCCGGAAUUAAGGACCUCCUGGUUCUCACCUCUGAAGGGACCGUUAAAGUCCUUCUUUGGGAACUCCGAGAACUCCAAGUAACCAUUUCUGUCUCGCCCAAAUUGUCCUCGAGUUUGGAGUACACAGGAGUACGUGGGCACAAAAAAGUGGAUUCAAAGUCGAUGGACGCUACUCCUCUCCACGCCCCCCUGCCAGUUGCUUUGCGCAAUCCUGUUGGAUCAAGCAUAACAAUCGAAUACGAAGAUGGCCUUAAAGGGAGAUUGUGUUUGGAUCUCUCUCCGCAUGACUACCUCGUUAAAUUGGGGUUCGAGGCUCUAGCAAGGGUCGUCCCAGCGAAUGAAGGAUGGAGGAUUCGUAAAAGCUGGUUGGAGAAACGAUGGGGUGAAAAUCCCGAUGUAGACAAGACAGAAUUCGAAUGUUUUGGAGAAGCUGUAUGUGAGGUUUUUCUUGGAGACAAUGCAGGAAAACGAGAAAUCAGCAGCCAUAGCAAUGCCUGGGAGUUACUGUCAAGCACGCGGACGCAUACAAGGAUGAGGGACGAGACCAUAUUUACAGCCGCUGGGUUGGCUCUGCCCGAACCUGAUCCGGCUACCUCGCGAAGCUUUGAUGCAGUUGUGCAGACGCAGCCAGGGGCCACUUCUCCAUAUUUGGCCCCCGCAAUGCUCGCACUACAUCUCGCCGCCCAAACACUUGCAACGGAUGUAACUAAAAUGGACCGACUCGCGGAGAUUGGUGCUCUAGUACUUAAACUCGCCCGUAGAGUGCGACCCGAUUACGUGGAUUACUGGAGCCGAGUAUGUUGCGAUGCUCCUGAAGCAUGGAGGGGCUGUGUCGGAAACGAAUCUCAUCUUUUUGACGAACGCCUCAUCGCUCCACCCGACAUCCUUUCUCACCUCUAUACCCUUCUCUCUGUACCACAUGGUCGCAAUUCCUUCCCACGUCUAAGCGAAUUGGCACGCACCUUCCAGUUGACCCCCGCCUUGGAAUACGGGAAACUUGACCCUACGGAGCGUGUCCAUUUAUGGAACGAUGUGUUUAACGUGCUAUGUGACCCUGCUGUAGGCGAUCAACGUGCUCGGGCCGUCGCGGCUGUGGGUCUCCUUUCAGAGUCUGAGAAUGUGGAGCUGCCAACUAAAUCCUUCUACGGAGAUGAGUGCCGAGGGUAUACAUUGAUCGAAAGGCGGGAUUUGGCGCAUAUGCGUAGCGGAAAGGCUUCCGGAUUUACAUUUGGCGGGGAGUACGAGCACCGGGCCAGAAUGGACACCAACGACGAUGCGCGCCCAACGACGAGUGAACUGAGCCGCGAAGCUAAGACGAUAGCACAGGGUCAGACGCGAGAACUUAGCGGAACCGAUCUCGGACUCAAAGGAUUCACGGACGUUCGAUUCGGGAUGGACAGGCGUUUGUACGAAAUAGAACGAAUGCUAAAUUCAUCCAGGAUGGCGAUUGUUAAGCUGAAAGAACGGCCAGAGCUAAGCGAACAUGACCAAGCAACAGAAAAUCAACAAGUAGCGUUUUUCCUCGCGGAGCGAACGUUUUCUCUUGCGUUUGGCCGCGGGGCAUAUACUUUUGGUUCUGUGCCGACUGUCAUGACCGACGUAUACACCAUCCCCAAAAUCGAACUCUCGGUCAAAAUCUAUCCGCAAAACGUGACUAUAACGCUCGAGCCCAAUCGAAUCCCACCUGACUGCAAACAAUACGCCGAAUUCCACAAUGGUGUUGCGGCUGCACUUCGUAUAUCCCCGUCAUCCGGAAGCAUCGAUAGCUCUUGGAUUGCCUUCAAUCGACCAAACGAACUUACUGCCGAACACGCUGGAUUCUUGUAUGGCCUUGGAUUGACAGGCCACCUACGUUCCAUGGUUACUUGGCAUACGUUCAGAUACCUUACACCUAAGCAUGAGCUCACGUCAAUGGGCGUACUACUUGGGCUCGCCGCAGCGCACAUGGGUUCUGGGGACAAGGCAACGACCAAACUCUUAUGUGUGCAUAUUCCGGCCCUCCUCCCCCCUCGCGCAGCAGAACUCAAUAUCCCGCAUGCGACGCAAACGGCUGCAGUCUCGGGUAUUGGUCUAUUGUUCCUUGGCACCCGCCACCGACGAAUGGCAGAGGUUAUGCUAGGAGAAAUAGGUCGAAACACCGACGGUGCAAGGGCGACAAGUCCUGUGGAUAUGGAAAUGCUUGCUCGGCUUAGAGUGUACAUUCAAGGAGAGCCACCUGGUGCACCGGGAGACAAGCCUUCUUUCGAUGUGAAUAUUACCUCCCCGGCGGCCACGAUUGCUCUGGCGUUAAUGUACCUUCGAACAGGACGAGAAGACAUCGCCCAACUUCUCGAGCUACCCGAUACCCCAAUGGCCCUGUAUCGUAUCCAACCCAAUUUACUAGUCAUGCGUACCCUUGGUCGAUCGCUUAUUAUGUGGGACACAAUUGAACCUUCGAUCACUUGGGUUCACGGACGCUUACCACAAAUAAAUGGCGCCGAUGGGAGCACAAAUAACUCAGACCCCAGUCUGACUGAAUCAAUAGAAUUGGCACAUUAUCAUAUCAUCUCUGGCGCCUGCUUUGCAAUUGGACUCAAGUACGCGGGAACAGCGGAUGAGGGAGCCUAUGGGACAAUCGCGUACUGGUUUGACUUGUUUACCAAACAUGUCACAGCCUCCACGGUAACCUAUGAGGCGCAAGUCAAACGCAGCGCAGUUCGUGAAACCCUCAACGUUUUGUCGUUGGCCCUAGCCAUGGUUAUGGCCGGGACUGGAGAAUUAACCACCCUUCGUCGACUCCGAAUUGCUUAUGGAAGGUACGGCCCAGGUUUUAAGUUCGGAUCACCUAUGUCCACAAGUCUUGCGCUGGGCCUGCUCUUCUUAGGGGGUGGUCGGUACACGUUAAGUUCGUCCAAUGCAUCAAUUGCAUGUCUUAUCGCUGCGUUCUACCCAAGAAUGCCUCUGAAUUCGGGCGACAACCGAGGUCAUUUACAGCUUCUUCGCCACCUUUGGGUCUUGGCAGCAGAGCCUCGAUGUCUUGUUGCAAGAGAUGCGGAUACAGGCGAAACGGUGUACCUUCCCGUGAAGGUUAAAGUCUCGAGCCAACCACCAAUUGUCCACCAUCUCAUGACGCCAACGCUGAUCCCGGAUGUCCGCGCGCUACAGUCCAUUAGGGUAGACUCUCCGAGGUACUGGCCUUAUUACGUUGAUGUUGCCGGCGUACGCGCGCAUCGUGAGAACAUACUCCAACACCAAACCCUGUUUGUCAAGCGACGGACCGGCUUCCUGAGCUACGUUGAGGAUCCGCGCGGAGUCAGGAGCAUCUUUGUUCGAGCGGGUACACAUGUAGGCGAUCCUUCGGCGUUGGAUUUCCCGGAUACUGCUGCCCCCAGGAGCUCAAACGCGCAGGCAGACUUGCAACGUUUUAUUGUGAGCUUCUCCAAUGAACCCAUGUUUGUAGCUUGGGCAGAUCGCUUGUGUCGGGUCCCAGCCGAUGCUACUCGAGCGGACGUCGCGCGUACAACAUACUUCCAUCAGGCAUUACUUGAAUGUUUAACAGCAGAUAAAGCCCAAGCGCUACCGUUACAUGCCGGACUGCACGCCCUUACUCAGACCGGUGUUGGCCUCCAGCAUCCAAGUCUCGAUUCGGGUCAUCCAAAUUAUCCGCACACAACCCAACGAAUACCCUUAGCUGGCCACCACACAGCACCUGGACCACGAACUCUCGUAUUCCGAGAUGUACGAUUUGCACGAGAUUUCUAUAACCAAUUAUUCCAAAGCUUCGGAGGUCGGGUAGGCGAUAAGUCGCGUGUGGGCCUAGUUAAAGGUAGCCUCCUAGGCGCUGUUGCCAGUGCUUGGGAUGGAGUUUUGCGGGAAGCCAGGCUCGGCAGGGACCAACGCAAGGCGCUGGAUUUAACCGAGACUGGCUAUGUUGGAGUUAGCGCACAUGAACUCAGAGACGCAAUCAUGCGCUAUUGUCGAGGGGAAGAUGUACGCUCUCUAACACCACGUCGAAGCGGGUGGAUGCAGCGAGAGCGUGAAUUACUUCGUGCCGUAGGGUUGUACGUCACUCGGUACUCUUUCCCUGGGCCAGACACAUUGCGUGGCAUUCGUACAUUGGUAGAAGAGGAGCGUGCAGCGCUUCCGCAGAGGCAAGGUGGCACUAAUCUAGAAGCGGAGCACGACAAGCUAGAAUCAUUGAAGGCUCGGGAAGGGAUCCUUAUGCUAUUGGCGGCCAACGCAGCCACCGGAUUGCAUGGCUAUAUGCCUAUCCAAGAUGAAUAUCAUCCACGCUGGACAAGUGAUUGCUGGGAAGCAUGGGGUUGGAGGUCCUUCUCUGCAUUGGUGUGA